AAGCGUCAAACAGGAGGCGGAUGUAGUGGCGUCGCAGUCGCCUGACUAAAAAAACAAAAAAAACAAAACAACUAAAUGGAUAUCUGAACUAUAACUCGCCACAAUGCCACUUUUGAUGCAGUCGCAGAGCGACGAUGACCAAUACGUGCUGGUGGCCACCUUGGACAAUGCACGCAAUUUGUCCAACAUCCUAAAAGCCAUAGCUUUCAAAGACCACGCCAUCUUCACCGCCACACCCAAUGGCCUCAGAGUCACAGUAGAGGACUCUAAAUGUCUUCAAGCCAAUGCCUUCAUCCAGGCUGCAAUCUUCCAGGAGUUCACCAUCAAGGAAGAUCUGGUGGGAUUGCAGAUCAACCUCACAGUUCUGCUGGAUUGUCUCAGUAUUUUUGGAGGAAGCACAGUACCAGGCACGUCAACCGCCCUGCGAUUGUGCUACAAAGGCUACGGUCACCCCCUAACCCUGUUCCUGGAGGAGGGCGGUGUGGUGACCGUUUGCAAGAUCAACACGCAGGAGCCAGAGGAGCCGAUUGACUUUGAGUUCUGCAGUAGUAACGUCACAAACAAGGUGAUCCUGCUGUCUGAGAGUUUAAAGGAGGCUUUUUCUGAACUGGACAUGACCAGCGAGGUGCUGCAGAUCACCAUGUCCCUUAGCCAGCCUUACUUUCGGCUGUCAACCUUCGGCAACGCUGGAAGCGCUCAUUACGAUUACCCCAAAGAUUCUGACAUGAUGGAGCUGUUCCAUUGCACCACAACGCAAACCAACAAGUACAAAAUGUCGCUGCUGAAGCCAUCCACCAAGGCGCUGGCGUUGUCUAGCAAAGUGUCCGUGAGGACCGACAGCAGGGGGGUCCUGUCGCUGCAGUACCUGGUGCGCAACGACGACGGACAAAUCUGCUUUGUGGAUUACUACUGCUGUCCCGAUGAGGAAGCGGACGACGAGUGAUUGUUCCCCCAAAAAUGUGGCAAGGCAGCUUUCAACAAGAGUUUGGUACAAGUAAAUUGUGGACAAAUGGGUUCAAAAAUAAUUUAACUUGCUGCUCAUUCCAGCACUUUCAUAUUUUUUGCUCUCUUUGUGGAUAUACUUCUACAGACUUGGGUGUAUUAUAACAGGCAGCAUUUUUUCUAAGGGUGUCUCCAUUCGAUUAUAAUGAAAAUCUACCUGAUAGAAAGCAUUAAAAAAAAAAAAAAGCACUCAAUUGCUAAAGUUCGAGUGUCCAGUUUUCUUAACAUAGUGAAGGCCAGUAGAAGUCACAAGCUGCUACGCUUAUCUGUAUUAUUGUCAAUAAAUAUGUUGUGGUUUUCACACAAUUAACUUUAUACAACACA